CAGAAAUUGGCACCAAUUUUUUCGAACAGAGGCGCCAAUUUCACCAUUUCUCGCGCUCAAUUUUGGCCUCCAUUUAUGCCUCUCCCUUUUCGCCCAUAGCUUUCCUCUCCUCACUGCGCAAAUGCAGACCCACCAACCCCACCCCGCCACCCCCAUCUCCGACGCCGCCUUCCUCAUCAAGCGCGGCAAGAAGCGCGGCAGCUACAACUGCGGCCGCUGCGGCCUGCCGAAGAAGGGCCACAUCUGCCCCUUCGCCGCCGAGGUCGAUGACGUCUCCACUCCAGUCUCCAAACCGACCGCCGAGACCUCCGCCGUCGCCUCAAUCGGAUCCGCCUCCGCCGUGGUGGUGACGCCGGCGUCGGUUUCACGGCCGGCGGCGCCUCCGGGGCGGAGGAGAGCUCUCUCGUUCGACGAUGUUACCGUGGCGGAAUCGGUGGAUGAGCUGGCGGAGGAGGAGGAGGAGGUGGAUGAGGAUCUGGAUCUGGACGGCUCCGGUGGGCUUCCGGCGAGCUGUUUGUGGGAGGUUUUGAGGAGAUUGCCUCCUGUGGGGAUGCUGUCGGCGGCGAGGGUGUGUAGGGGGUGGAGGGAGACUACGAGAAGGCUUUGGCGGGCGGCGGAGGAGCUGAGACUUAGGGUUCCGGCCAAGGCGCAGAUUGGAUUUGUUGGAUCCGUAUUGCAGAAAUGCCCUGGACUGUUUAAACUCUCUCUUAAAAUCGAAAGUGAUAUUGAUGCAACAAUGCUGGCCUGCAUUGCAUUUUCGUGCCCUAAUUUGCAGUCUUUGGAGAUCUUGACAUCUGAUUCCUGCAUCAACCGGAUCUCUGGGGAUGAUUUAAGUCGUUUUAUAUCAGACAAGAAGUGUCUAACCAGUCUCAAGAUGGAAGGCUGCUCCAACCUGGGAGGUUUUGUUUUGUCUUCAACCAGUCUGUCUAGUCUUUGGCUCUCCGAUCUUCAAUCACUCUCAAAGAUGGUUUUUAACUGCCCCAGUUUGAAAGAGAUUUCUUUGGACUUUUCUCGUCUAGAGACUGACACCACUGAUCUUACCGCUGUUAUGGACGGUCUUGGAAGAAGCUGCCCGAAGCUUCAGAACAUCCACAUUGCUUCUGUUUUGCUUUCACAUGAUGCCAUUCUGGCUUUAUCAGCUGCCAAUUUGAGGGGACUACGGAUGCUUUCUCUUGUUCUUGGUUCAGGAAUAACAGAUGCCUCAGUGGCAGCUAUUGCUUCGAGUUUCACAAAGUUGGAAUUGCUUGAUCUAAGUGGGUCUAGCAUCAGUGACGGUGGCCUUGGGAUGAUCUGCAAUGUCUUUCCUGAAACAUUAUCAAAACUUCUACUUGCUCUUUGCCCCAACAUCACCUCGAGUGGCAUUCAAUUUGCUGCUGCUCAGCUGCCUCGUCUGGAACUUAUGGACUGCGGGAUGACCAUAUGUGAUCCAAAUUGUGAAAAGUCCAUUGACGAAGAGGAUGUUGACUCCGAGCUACAGAAAACUCCCAAUAGCAAGAUGCACCAAAUAUACCAAAAGUUGAUCAUCAAGCAUAACCGUUUGAAGAAACUUAGCUUAUGGGGCUGUUCUGGUUUGGAUGCCUUAUAUCUAAAUUGCCCUAACCUCUAUGAAUUGAACCUCAACUCCUGCAGAAACUUGCAUCCAGAGAGGCUGCUCCUUCAGUGCACCAGUUUAAAAGGCGUGUAUGCAUCGGAUUGUGAAAACAUGCUAAUCAAAAAGAUUGAGACACAGGUGGGCAGUGAUUAUUCAGCAGUAGAAAAUAACUAUCCCUUGAAACGGCUACCCGAUGGCUCAAAGAGAGUCCGAGUUCCAUAUUUUUGCAGCCCUCAGCCAUGCGAUGAUGAUGAGAAGGGAAGGCCUGCGAAACGCCAUUGUGCUGUGAUUGCUUCUGGAGAGUUUGUAUGAUUAAUGUUUAUUAGUAUCUGUUUGUUGAAUGUUAUGAAAUAUGUAUGUUUAGUUUGUAAACUCAGUAAGAGGCAUUAGGGCCUCUAAAACAUGUACAAUUUGGCUCAUUCAUUAAGCAGGAGUGAAGUGCUAGACUCUAAACACUAAUUUGUCAAUAAAUUUCUCCUGUAUUUCUGUUAUUA